AUGUUUGGCAUGGAAAAUGCAAAGUCUAUUGGAACUCCAAUGAGCCCAACAACUUUUCUUGAAGAAGACAAACAUGAAAAAAGUGUGGAUGAAACGAUGUAUAGAGGAAUGAUUGGAUCACUAUUAUAUCUCAUUGCUAGUCGAUCAGACAUAAUGUUCAGUGUAUGUAAGUGUGCAAGAUUUCAGUCGGCUCCAAAGGAAUCUCAUCUUACUACAGUUAAACGUAUUAUUAGAUAUCUCAUUGGGACCACUGAAUUAGGACUAUUGUAUGCUCAUUCUAACAAUUUCUCCUUAAAAAGUUUUUCAGAUGCAGAUUUUGCAGGUGAUAGGAUUGACAGGAAAAGUACUAGUGGCACAUGCCAAUUGCUGGGAAAUACUCUAAUUUCCUGCCUUCUCAAAGCUGAUAAUGAAAGCAGUGAAUCAUCGGAGGAACUUUCUAUUAGUCAAAAAAGGGCAGGAAAAAGAUCAAUGUAG